GAUCCGAAGAACGAAUUGCCUUGCUAUUUACCGCAAGGGCUGGGAUCAAAGAUUUACCUGUGGCUGUGUUGUACUUGUAGCGUACGAGAAUCCUAGAUACCGGCACCGGAGAUACCUUUAUCAAUAUGGGUAUGAUGGUCCAAGUGUGCAAGGGGUUUGGACUGGUGGUUGUCGGUCUCAUUGCCGUAUUGCUGAUCAGGACAGCAACCUUCCCAUCCAUGCAGCCAGAGGUGACAGAGUGUAAGGCUUUGGAUACAGACUUCAUCCAGGCGGACAAAGACCUCAAGAGACGCUUUCAAGAGGCCAUUAAGAUCCAGACCAUCUCCUGGUCAAAGUUUGUGGUAGAACUAGAUGAAGUGGCCAAACUGCAUCUAUUCCUUGAGGAAAGUUUUCCUCUUAUCCACACUUCACCCCUUGUUACCAAGGAGGUGAUCAACGGCCACAGUCUCCUUUACACCGUUAAGGGGAGUGACCCAUCGUUGAUGCCUUACAUGCUAGCUGCACAUCAGGAUGUAGUCCCAGUCAAGGACCAGGACUGGAAAUAUCCACCCUUCGAGGCCAGGGAAGACAAUGGGUAUAUCUAUGGGAGAGGGACUAUUGAUGACAAACAUUCUUUGAUGGGAAUCAUGGAAGCACUUGAAUUUCGUCUGAAGCUGAAGCAAAUUCCAAUAAGAACUAUGUAUUUAGCAUUUGGACAUGACGAAGAGGUCUAUGGUAAAAAUGGAGCUGGCAAAAUAGCUGAAGAAUUCAUGAAGAGAGGAAUAAAGUUGGAUUUUAUCUUGGAUGAAGGAGGCAUCAUUGUCAAUAAUGUAUUCAAAGGUUUAGAUAAACCUAUUGGCAUUGUCUGUGUGGCAGAGAAAGGUAUAUUAACAUUAAACCUUAGUGUAGAAGCCAUACCAACAGGUCAUUCUUCAAUGCCAACACCAGAGUCAAACAUUGGCAUCUUGACAAGGGCAUUGAGCAGACUUGAAUACCGAAGACAACCAAUUUUCUUUGGUAGUGGACCAGAAAAACAAAUGUUUGAGCAUCUUGCAUCUGAGGCCAAAUUUCCACUGCGUUUUAUCAUCACCAAUAUGUGGUUUUUUAGACCUCUAUUUGGAUGGGUAUUGACCAAAAUGGGACCUAGUACCAAUGCAUUUGCCAGAACUACAACUGCAAUCACAAUGGUUCAUGGUGGGUUUAAGACCAAUGUACUUCCUCCUUCAGCAUGGGCUAUAGUCAAUCACAGAAUACAUCCAUCUCAGAGUAUACAACAGGUGAUAGACCAUGAUCGUAGUGUCAUCGGUGAUGACAGGGUCAAGAUAACGGUAGAAGAGAAAUUGGAUGCAUCCCCUACGUCACCGUUUGAUGAAGAUGCUCACGGUUAUCAGGUUAUCUCACACAGUAUAAGACAAGUCUUUCCAUCUGUUCUUGUAACCCCUGGAGUCAUGAUCGGCAACACAGAUACAAGGUAUUACUGGAACCUUACAAACAAUAUCUAUCGCUUCACUCCAACUGUUGCCAUGGGACCGGAGGACCUCAAGCUUUUCCAUGGUAUCAAUGAGAGAAUAUCAGUCGAUAACUACGAGAAGGUGGUCAAUUAUUAUUAUCAUGUCAUGCAGAAUGCUGAUAAGAUGGCUGUCAGCUUGCCUCAUAGUCACUCCCAGGAAUUAUGAAUUACAGGUUAAGGUAUUGGUUGAUUGUGAAACCUCUAAACAUGAGUAGAUUAGACAACAGACUGGCCAAUGUAUGAUCCAAGCAAAUAAUUAUUACAAGUUUCUCUGUACGAGCUUGUAUAGUUGUGUCAUGCCAGUAUACUCAUGGGUCCAAAUGUACAUGUACAAAGGUGAUUUUGAAUCCUUGGUCUGUAAACAUGAUUUAUGUAGAUUUCUUGCAUGAAUUACCCCUGAUUCAUUGCAUUUAUUUAGAAAGGGUCCAAUAUUGAAUGCAGGCAUUUGUCACAGGGGAUAAAUUCACACUUGGUACUAGGAUGAAAUCAUUAUUGAGCCAAUUGUUUUGAAGUGGUGAGCAUAAUGUAAAUGUAAAUUAAUUUACAUGAAGUGUUGGAUCAUUAACAUUUACUUUGUAACAAGCAUGAGUUUAGCUUGAAAUCUGCAUUACAUGGAUUCAGAAUCCCCUUUGUUAAGUUUGGCCAAAGUCUUGACUGUAGGUUUCAUGGUGAGGUGCUACUUCUGAAUGAUAGAUGACUUUAAUGUGCAUUAUCAAUAUUAAGUGUAAAUUUGUUAAAUCUCCCUAUUAUAAACAAAAUGUAAACAGAAUGAAAGUAUUGUUCAAUUCUUAACAACUCAGGGAAUGCAUCUUUGAGGGCUUUACAUCAUCCACACAAAAAAAGAAGAUGUAGGGAUCUUUGAUAUUGAUGUAUUCCAGAAAGUAAUUGUCAUUGAUAUGUAAAGCCUACAGUAUGGAAGCAGUUCAUGAAAAAUGAUACUUAUCAUUUAUCUAUUUCAACUUGUAAACAUAUAAAGUCCAGUUGUGGCAAUGAUCUUAAAAUAAAUUUGAACAAUGAUAAUAAAAAUAUUAAUAAUAUGCAACAUUUAUACAAAUGUUUCUAAGUGCUG